AUGGCUAGAGUCCAUGACCCUGUUGUCGAAAUGGACAAUUCCCAUGACAAACAGACCAUUGAACGCCGAUCAAAACGGGAGAAAUACUCACGGGCAUGCAUAGCCUGUCGCUCCACCAAGACAAAGUGUCUCCCUGCUCCAAAUUCACUAUCAUGUCAGGCUUGCAUCAAACGGUCAAGGGAUUGUGUUAUGCCAGGCCCUAUCAAGCCGCGCCUAAAAGCUUCCGAAAAGUUUUCAGAACUCGAGCAGAAGAUUGCUACCUUGACGAAUGCUCUUGCGGCCAAAGGUCAACAAGAUCACAUUCAACAUGAUCAUUUGACAGCUUCACCGUCACCUUCGUCCCAUUUGAGACAGCCAAACCGUGCUUCAAUACCUCCUGCACCCAUCGUGUCCAGUCUACCUCAUCUUCCUCAUCCUGCCAAUGCAACCUCAUCAGGCAAUACUUCAACCUCGCCGAGUGUCAAAUAUCUCGACGCGAUCGACCAGGGCAUUGUCGACUUACCUACAGCUGCAGUACUGUUCAACCACUGGAAUACCUCAAUGCGUCCAAUCUUUCCUACUGUCCGUCUCAAAGAAGGGAACGACCUCCAACAGACCAGGACCAAGAGGCCGUUGCUGACUCUAGCCAUUCUUGCAAUUGCUAGUGCAUCGAUUCUACCGUCCUUUGAACCCCGACUCGUUUUGGAAUUGCAUGAGCAACUUGUUCGCCAUGUAUUUAUUCUUGGAACUCAAUCACUUGACCUUGUCCAAGCAAUGCUUCUUUAUUCACAAUACUAUAUCCGAACCCCCGGCACCCACUCAUCCAUCCGAACUCAGUACAUAGCUGCUGCCGUUGCAAUGAGCUACGAUCUUGGUCUCCAUGAGCUUAACCAACAAGACUCUCAAGACCCUGACCUAUCCAACGGAAAGGCUCGGACUUGGCUGGCAUGUUGGCAUGCAGCAUCUACUAGCUCCUCGAUAGUGUACCAACCUUGUCUGAUAUUUGGGCAACUUGGGGUAGAUCAGAGUAUCUCUGUCCUUUCCGAGCGAUCAUCAACGGACAGCGACGAUGAAUGGUUCAUUUAUCUCAUUCAACUCCAACAGCUAAUCGAAGAUGUCAUGAAUGUCUUCCCUUCGACAAUCCCUUCCAAUGGAUCUACCUCUACUUAUGAUGCUACAAACGUCCGCUUCAAGUUUGACUUGUUCCAAAAACGUCUGUCCACGUUGAAUUCCAAACUUGUCUUUUCGGGAGAUUCACGACUUCAAAAAUUUGCCAUGCUUUUUGGAGAUUUUAUGCUGCAUAUGACUGUUGUCCGGGGUUCUUGGAAUACAUUUACCUAUCGAACUAAAUCAGCCACUCUGAAGCAUGGCACCUCGGAUGGAUUAUGCUCAUCAGCUACGCCCUGGCAUCUUGACACAAUCCUGUCUGGGUUAGCUUCGGCUCGCGCUGCCUUGGACCUAUACCUGAACCUCGAAGAUUCCAUCUGCCGCUCUCUUCCAAACAUGUUUUUGAUCUGGACCAUGUUUGCCGCCUUUCUCUUGAUCAAAACUGGACACCUGACUCAGUCAAUGGCGCAAACCCAUACAGACCAUGCAGCACGUCCACCGCCUUCCAUCGUCGACUUGCUUGAGGCCAUGGCUGACAAAAUAGACAUCGUUGCAGCAAAUGGGUACCUGCCGCAAGCCAAGUCAUUUUCCGGGGCUUUCAGAAACAUGAGAAAGUAUGCCAUUCAGAAACGUGCAAUCUGCCUCCAUUCCAAAGGUGAUUGCGACGCAGCUCCAGGUGAAAAUAUCGUCGAGUUAAUUGGCCGAAGCUCCGACCAUGCUGCAAUAUUAACUGGGGCGGAUGAUGAUACAAGCACUCGUGCACUUGCAACUCCUAGCUCGAGCAGGAAUACCAUGAGCGGGGGUCAUGAUUCGGCAACAAAUUUGGGGUCAGUCUAUGACCCAUCGACCUAUGCCCAAACGGAUUGGAGUGACUUUUUCCUCGAUGAAGAAGCCAUGCGCCAAAUGGACAGUUUCAUGAUGGAUGAUGACCCAGGGUGGAUGCGCUCCUUUUUCUAA